AUGUCGACGACAACUUUGGCCGGGAAUUCGAGCGAAACAAAAAGUUCUACAAGCUGUACAAUAAACAUCUCCCUACCAACCAAGCCCAACUUCCUUGAACUCUGGGAUGAGCUCGGUAUUCCGCAUGACGAAGAAAAACAACUCUUCGGCCCUUCCCUUCCUAUCCUAGGCUAUCACGUCGAUGCGAAUGCAAUGACAGUCAAAGUCCCCGACGAGAAGAAGGCCAAGGUAGUUGAAUUACUUCGAAGUAACGCUCAUGCAGGGAAACCUUACACCGUCAACGAGCUGCAGUCCGUUGCCGGGUCUGUUGGCAGCGCCCUUAGUCUUUAUCCGCACCUCCGUCCAGGUCUCCGCGUGCUCUUUGAUGAGAUGGCAGCGCAGGAGGGGGGUACUACCAAGCUUAGGGUAACGAAGCCUGUUGCUCGCAGCUUGUCGUCGUUGGCGGACUUCCUUGAGCAUGCCCCGCCUGUGCCGAUUCGACACCAGAAGGAAAAGGUGCGCGGUAUUGGGGCUAGGACGAAAUAA